GAUACGAAUGAUAGUGUUGUGCAUAAAGAGUAAAUAGGCAGAGUAAGUAGUAUUUAUAAUAGCCUUUAUAAUAUCCUGUGCUGCCCAUUGGGUUCUAAGAACCUCUGGAAGUUACCUGUUUAUAACAUCCUAGCAAAGAAGAUGGGAGUCUCUGACACUGAUGAUUAUCAGGCCACAAUUCAGAAAAGUCGUGAUAGAAUGAGUGACCUUAAAGCCUUUGAUGAUACUAAGGCUGGUGUUAAAGGGCUUGUUGACGCUGGAAUCGCUGAAGUACCUCAAAUAUUCAUUCUACCACCAAAAAACAGGCCAGAAUACUCAGAUACAUGUGGAUCACAGUUCAAUUUUCCAGUGAUAGACCUUGAAGGCAUGAAUGAGGACCCAAUCAAGCAUAAAGAGAUUGUGGACAAAGUUCGAGAUGCAUCGGAGACAUGGGGUUUCUUCCAAGUGGUUAAUCAUGGUAUCCCAACACCUGUCCUUGAGGGAAUGUUGCGAGGAACACAAGAGUUUUUUGAGCAAGAUAUCGAGGUUAAGAAACAGUAUUACACUCGAGAUGUCACAAAAAAGGUGGCUCACAUUAGCAAUUUUGAUUUGUAUACCCCUUCUGUUCCAGCUGCAAAUUGGAGGGACUCAAUUUUCUUUUCAAUGGCUCCUAAUCCUCCCAGUCCAGAAGAAUUUCCAAGACCAUGCAGGGAGAUACUAAUGGACUACUCUAAGCAUGUGAUGGAAUUGGGCAAAUCCUUGUUUGAAUUAUUGUCUGAGGGUCUAGGUCUCAAUCCAUCUUAUCUCAAUAAUAUUGAUUGCACGGAGGGGCUCAGUGUUUUGGGCCAUUAUUAUCCAGCAUGCCCUCAGCCAGAACUCGCCAUUGGCACCAGUAAACAUUCUGACAAUGAUUUUAUCACAGUGCUUCUACAAGAUCAUAUCGGGGGACUACAAGUGCUUCACCAGAAUCAGUGGGUUGAUGUUCCUCCUACACCUGGUGCUCUUGUAGUGAACAUCGGAGAUCUUCUGCAGCUCAUAUCAAAUGAUAAGUACGUAAGUGUUGAGCACCGAGUAUUGGCAAAUAAAGUAGGACCAAGAAUAUCAGUUGCAUGCUUCUUCUACACAGGUCCAUUUCCAUCUUCUAAGCUUUAUGGACCAAUUACUGAAUUGCUGUCAGAAGAUAAUCCUCCAAAAUAUCGCGCAACCACAGUGGAAGAUUACACUCACUACUUCCGUAAAAAGGGUCUGGAUGGAACUUCUGCAUUGUUGCAUUUCAAAAUAUAAUCACAGCAAUGGAACAAUGAACGUAUGAUGAGUACUAAGAAUUUAACUUUUGAUGUAUCUUAUGCUUAAGGUACAUAAAUGUUGAAACAACUGUUAUGAUCUUUGCAAGAUCUUCCUUUUUAUCUGUUAUAGUGUCUAUUCUGGUGUCAAUUAACACAUGUAGCAUUGGAUAAAAUGUUUGUUUUUGUUC